AUGAAUUCACCUCGCAUCUUGCCAACAAACAAUCAGGAUAUUUCUGAAUUAUCAUUAUCGAGUUCCACUUCAGAAUCAGAAUACUUGAAUUCGGGAGAUCGUGUAUCACAAAAUGCCGAUCGAUCGCAUAACAAUUCUGAAACAAGAGCUUUGAUUCCUGCCGGCAGUAAAAGUUGUCGUAAAGUUAGAACAGAGACUCCCUUACCAAAGACUCCAAUAUUUAUAUUAAGUUUGAUCAUAUUCAGUGAACCAAUUAAUUCUACGAUUUUAUUGCCUUUUGUCUAUUUUAUGGUACGAGAUUUUGGAGUUAGUAAAGAUGAGAAACAGAUCGGUAGAUACGCGGGAUUAAUCGCUUCAUCAUUCUUUUUUUCUCAAUUUUGCUUCUCUAUAUUCUGGGGCUACAUGUCGGAUAAAUUCGGGAGACGUCCAAUUUUACUAAUAGGAUUGGUGGGGAACAUAAUAACUAGUAUUUUAUUUGGUAUCAGUCGCUCAUUGAUAUGGGCCAUCGCGUCUCGAUCAGCAUGCGGGAUGUUGAAUG